AUGGGGCCACACUGUGGCACUGCAGAUGAAGCUGCCAUCUAUGAGGCUCACAUCCUUUGUGACACAGCAGAUGGCUCAGUGAGAGCUGAAGAAGAAACUGAGAAGCUGGUGAUGUGGGAUGCAGGGAACAGGACUGAAGUCCAGGAGUUCAUCCUGGAGGGCUUCCCCGCUGUCCAACACCUGGGGAAAAUCUUAUUCCUGGUGAACCUGCUGGCGUACCUGGCCUCCAUCAUGGGAAACACGCUCAUCAUCAGCAUCACCUGGGCUGACCAUCGCCUCCACACACCCAUGUACUUCUUCCUCAGCACUUUCUCCUUUGUGGAAUGCUGCUUCAUAACCACGGUGAUUCCUAAACUGCUGGCCAUCUUCCUGUCAGGGAGGCAAGUGAUUUCCUUUGCUGCCUGCUUCACACAAGCAUUUUUCUUUUUUUUCCUGGGGUCAACAACUUUCUUCCUUAUGGGAGUGCUGUCUCUGGAUCGGUACCUGGCCAUUUGCAGACCUCUGCGUUACUCCAGCAUCAUGAGCCCCAGGGUGUGCUCCCUCCUGGUCACUGCCUGCUUCACUUUGGGAUUUGUCUUAGCAGUGACUCCAGUUGUCCAUCUUUCCCAGUUGUCCUUCUGUGGUCCCAAUGUCAUCCCCCACUUCUUCUGUGAUUUUGGGCCCUUGGCUAAGCUCUCCUGUUCUGACAGCAGAUCUACUGAGAUGUUGUUCUUCAAUGUUGCAUUUUUGGCUAUUUUUAUACCCAUCCUUUUCACUGUCAUCGCAUACUGCAACAUCGUGGUCACCAUUGUGAGGCUCCCGUCAGCCAAGGAGCGACAGAAAGCUUUCUCCACCUGCUCGUCUCACCUCAUCGUCCUCUCUCUCAUGUACGGCAGCUGUCUUUUCAUCUAUGUGAAACCAAAGCAGACGAGCAGGGUGGACUUCAACAGACAAGCUGCUCUGGUGAACACGGUGCUGACCCCAGUGCUGAACCCUGUCAUCUACACCCUGCGCAACAAGCAGGUACACCGGGCUCUCAGGGGUGCUCUAAAAUACUUAGUAAACUAAAUUCAUCAGCACAUCAAAAGUCAUUUACCAUCAUUAAGUGGGUUUCAUUCCCAGGUAUUUCACAUGCACAAAUCAGUACUUGUGACAUACCACAUUAACAAAGACCAAUGA